CAACAGUCCGCGCCGUCAUUACGCUUUUGGCGCCAUUCAAAACAAAGCGAAGUCCUUAAAUCUCAGGCGCCUUUUUUUGUAAAGUAUGCGGCGAACAAGAAGUUGCCGAGGCAAGUCUGAGGCACAAUCAGACAGUGAAGCUUCGGAGGUGAAGACAGUUUGGCAGUGGAAGGGCGAUGAUGGUGAGUGGGAACUGUACUCUCCAGCAGUAUGUGUCCAGUUGGCUACAGCAAAGCAGGCUGGUGAAAAGUCAGUGUCACUGGCGCUCGGACCAGGUUAUGAGGUGGAUCUUGUGAAAAUGACACAGAUUAACAAUGUCACCAAGUAUAAGCGCAAAGUACGCCUUCACAAUGUGAAGUCAGAAGAUCAGAAUGAAGGGGACACUUUGAAUGGCAAUAAUGGAGGCACUGGUGUUAUUCAGAUUAAAGAAGAGAAAGAGGAGGAAGAGGAGCAGCCGGUCUCAAAGAAAAGACGCAAUGAAGGAAGGAGUCAGAAGGCAAGCAAAGCCAAACCCAUCACCAAAGAGGAAGGUGAAGAGGUUGUUAAGACGGUGGUUAUGAAGGGGAAGGCCCCAGUUGAUCCUGAAUGCAAGGCUAAAAUAGGAAAGGCCCAUAUUUACAGUGAGGGGAAUGAUGUAUAUGACAUUAUGCUGAAUCAGACUAAUCUUCAGUUCAACAACAAUAAAUAUUACCUGAUCCAGCUGCUUCAGGAUGACAAUGCAAAGGCCUACAGUGUGUGGAUGAGGUGGGGGCGAGUGGGUAAAGUUGGACAGAACAGCUUGGUUAGCUGUGGGGGGAAUCUAGCUCAGGCCAAAGACACUUUCCAAAAAAAGUUUUUUGAUAAAACCAAGAAUGAUUGGGAACAUCGAGCACAUUUCGAAAAGGUUGCAGGCAAAUACGACAUGGUGUUUGUAGACUACAAUACUGAGUACAAGGAGGAAGACAAGGCCAAGGUCUCCUCUCCUCCCCCAAAAAAGCCCUGCCAACUGAACAGCAAGGUUCAGUCUCUCCUAGAGCUUAUAUGUGACCUCAAAGCCAUGGAAGAGUGUGUGCUGGAGAUGAAGUAUGACAUCAAAAAAGCUCCACUAGGUAAACUAUCAGCAGAGCAAAUUAGAGCCGGUUAUGCUUCUCUGAAGAGGAUUGAAGGGUGUUUAAAAAGGAAAGGCAGUAAUAAAGAACUCCUGGAGGCGUGCAACCAGUUCUACACUCGCAUUCCCCAUGAUUUUGGGUUGCGGACACCCCCAGUCAUACGAUCAACGGAGGAACUAAAGGAAAAAAUUGCUUUGCUUGAGGCUCUGAGUGACAUUCAAAUAGCAGUGAAAAUGGUUCAGUUCAGCGUUCAGAGUGAUGAGCAUCCUUUGGACAGACAGUAUCGCUCUCUAAAGUGUGGACUGCAGCCACUGGAUUCUGACAGCAAUGAAUACAAGAUCAUAGAGAACUAUCUUCAGUCUACUCAUGCUCCCACCCACACUGACUACACAAUGACCGUUCUGGACAUCUUUGCCGUGGAGAGAGAGGGCGAGAAGGACAACUUCCACUCUCAGCUGGACAACCGGAUGCUCCUGUGGCAUGGCUCUCGUCUGUCUAACUGGGUGGGGAUCUUGAAUCAGGGACUGCGAGUGGCCCCCCCAGAGGCUCCUGUAACUGGAUACAUGUUUGGUAAGGGGAUCUACUUUGCAGAUAUGUCCUCUAAAAGUGCCAAUUACUGCUUUGCCAAUCAGAAGAACAACCAGGGACUCCUGCUACUGAGUGAGGUUGCCCUUGGGGAAAUUAAUGAACUCUUGGAUGCAGAUUCCAAUGCUGGCAAACUACCUUCUGGGAAACAUAGCACGAAAGGCCUGGGACAAACUGCACCUGACCCAAACAACAAUGUAACAUUGGAUGGUGCAACAGUACCCAUGGGGCCAUGUGUAAAGACUGGGGUGGGGCAGAAAGGUGGCUACUCCCUUCUUUAUAACGAGUACAUAGUUUAUAACCCUGCCCAGACACACAUGAGAUACCUCCUCCGAGUUAAGUUUAACUACUCCUCACUGUGGUGAGGUAGACAGGAUUCUUUACAUUUGUAACAGCACACUAACAGUCUUAUAAAUAACGGUCUGUGGUGGAGUACCUAACCUAUAGUUAUGCAGAUAUCAUAUGUUCAAGAAGGGGAAUAGAAACUCGAAGAAUGUUUUAGAAGAUAUACAGAUUGUUCUGCUGAUGUCAGUUUGAAUGCAUUGAAAGCCACAUGAAGCUGAAUUGGCUGAUUUCUCAAAAUAAUAUGUAACAUUAUAGUGUAUGUUUGUAUACUGUUAUAAAGUUGUAUUUGCAU